AUGGUCGGUGUUCCAGGCAAGUACAAGGGCUGCGAGACGUGCCGGCGGCGCAGAGUCAAGUGCAGCAAUGAGCGGCCCUUUUGCAACAACUGCGUCAACACCGGCAGGCAAUGUGAGGGCUAUGAGAGGGAGCGAGUCUUCAUUACGGGGACGCUCGAGACCAAGGGUCGCGUGGCCUCGCACCCCAAGAGGACAAGCCCCGCAAACAAGCCAAAGGCCAAGGCCGCGGCGGCAACUGAGGGAACCGGAGAGGACUUGAAACCCCAGCUGGUCCCCACGGAACCGCUGACAUCGGCCUGGGACGACUGCAUGACGCUUUCUGGACAAGACGUUGUGACUCCUGUACUCUUGACGGGUCUGCAGACGGACCUGCAGAACAUUGUUGAGCAAAGCGGUGCCGACGACUCCAAAUUCGACGUCUUAUUGCCUGCCUAUGCUGCUUCGGAACCGCAGACCCACGCAGCGGGUGGCGACUUCAACGCCAGGGCUAGAUGUCUGGUGCGACUUGGAGAUGCCAGCGCCGAGCACGGCUCGACCGGUGGAUACUGCGCCUUCUUAUACGAGCAUUCGUCGUCUUCUGCCGAAUCAAACAUGCUCGACGCGCCCGGGCCAUCCUCUUUUCAUGAGACAGACUUGGUGAAGGGACUGGGGCCGGACAGCUUCACCAUGUUUCCGAAUCACCAGUACUUCGUGAGGAUUUAUCGACCCCUGGCAGUCAGCUUUGCCUUGUUCAGCCGCUGUGAUAGUUUUCUGUCUCAGCAGGACUGGAUGUCGACGCCCUGGAACUGGCACCCCAAGUCCCCACUUGAUUAUUUGCUCGAUAUUGUGCUCCGCCUCCCUUCAAUUCUUGCGGCGGCCGACGACCUGCUGCCACAGCCUGCCACGAUGCCCCGACGUCUCGAAGCUCAAGGCCUGCUGCGAAACUGCCUCAUGGUCGAGAUGCAGUUCCACGAAUGGCUCCAGAGCGAUCUGGGGGAAGGUGGCGGCGAAAUCCCCUUUGCGGCUCCGUACGCCUUCAGGGAUGGUCUCACAGCGCUCAUGAUGCUGUACUAUUGGAUGGCUCAGAUUCCCCUCCAUCGAUGCAUUGAGAGUCUGCACAGCGCCAUCUUCCAGCCGGUCGUUGAUGCGUUUCCCGACAUGUGGCCGGACCCGCAAGUCGAUCCGACGCAUUACCAGGACGGGUGCGAACUUGCGGCCAGCAUCUGCCGGGGUCUCGACUCUGCGCUUGGCGGCACGACACAGCCGGACAUGUUGCUGGCGCCAAUGGCAGUGGCACUCAACGUUUACCGCGACGCCAGCGCAACGUCGCAGGACGGCAUUCUCGAGAUGUUGUGGCUUGAAGCCUUCCAGAAGAGGCUGGCUCACAAGGGGCAGUAUAUUGCAAACAUCCUGCAGCAGCAGCGAUGGGUAGAAAUUGCCAGAUACUGA